GAAGGCUCAUAGAUUUUUAUUUAAUCCCUAUUAUUACUGUACGAGUCCAAAGGUCGGUGUGUUGCCACAAUCCAAUAGUGUCUGCAAAACACAGCAGAAAUCCACUGAAGACUGGAGAGGCCGAAAACUAAGGGAAGCAGCCUAUAGUUUAUGUCAUCAAAACCAGGGUUCCUAGAAAACUAAAAGCUAGAUAAAACCAUCUAUACCAGACCAGCGGCCACGUACGUACACUAAACCUAUCAAAGUAAUAAACACAAGCACACUUCCCAAGAUCAUCCACUUCUCUCUAUAUAUACCAACCUCCCAAAGCUCUUUUCUACUCAUCGAUCUCAUUCAGUUCAAUAUAUACUCGAUCAUUCCUGUUUUCUCUUUCAGUUUCUCUGUGAAGUACUACCUGUUAAAGAAGAAGAAGGAAGAUAUUAAUCAGAUGGAGUCAAUUCAGUCUUGGGUUUCAAAGAACAAGCUGGCCAGCAUUGGAGGACUAUGGGCAUCAGGAGUUGUAGCAUCCCUUGCUUAUUCAACUGCAAGAACACCUCUCAAGACCAGCCUUAAGCUUAUACAUGCUAGGAUGCACGCACAAGCCUUGACGCUGGGUGUCCUAUCUGCCGCGGCAGUCUUCCAUUACUAUGAAGAAGCACACAGUGCUGCUGCUUCUCCAAAUUAACUAUGCAGUCACCACGCAGCUAGCUAGCCGUAGCUGCCUGAACUAAAGCUCCACCAAUGCACCAUCGAUCUCUAUUAAGUUCAUCUAUCCUAGGAUGAGUUCAUUUCAACGUUUAAUUUCUUAAUAAUUUGUCGGCUUUCCCUAAAUGAUCUAUUUUAGUUUCUUAAUUUCUCUAUGUUUUUUCCUUUUGAUCACCAGUUAUACGUUGUAUAAUGCAAAUAUAUGAACAUAUAAGUACACCAAUGUUGGUUCAAGCAAUACGUUUCUUUUGACUUUUCGACUAAUGGUAGUUUCAAAACGUCAAAAGGUUUUAGUACCCAAUUCGAUCAAAAGGGUGUCAGAAUUUUCUCCACCUAAAACCAAAACCACCGAAAAAACUAAAUAAUUGUCACGUAUGGUAGACGAAAUAAUUCUUCGUUUAUUCAUGAAAUGAUAAUCAAUGAAUUCCGGCCAAUGAUGAACACAAAGAAUCAGGAAUGUGGCAAUCAUAUUGGCCAGUGGUGUGUACAAACCGGCCAGACUGGUUUAUAUCAUUAUAGAGCCUAAUUUGUGUAAGUUUAUUAGUUUAAGUCAUUGACCUACUAAAUGGGACGUGCUAGUUGCCUUGCACAUAUUUGCUGUUGUAACGUUGGAAAGUCGUUUUCUUCUUCCUAACCUUUUGAUUCUUCUGUUGGCAAUAAGAUAUUUGUUUGUUUAUACGUCUGAACUAAAACUCACUCAAAAAUGUGGCACCAACUUUCCAAUUUCCUCCAAUUGACGAUUACACCCUCCAACUUGUUCUUUCAAAAGCCUACGUCAAGGUUGGGUUGGUCAAUUCACUCGAAUACGAAACAGUUCAAUAUUCUUCUCAAGGCAAUAAUCUUCGUGGUGGUUCAUAAAAUUGAUUAAUUAACUAGGGGAUAGGGGAAUUUGUCGAAAAAAAACCAAGGGGAUAGGGGAAGGUCUAACAAACCUCUACCAUAAAGCAAGAGAAAAUGGAAUGCCUCUAAUUUAAGUUGUGUGCGUUCAAAAUUAAUAACAAGCAGCUUCUCCUCCGGCCUACAGCUUCCUCUUCUUUUUUCUGUAACUGUGGUUGCUCAAGGUUUGAGAUUAAGGCAGAUAUGGACUGCUCAGUUUGUACUUCAAUGCCGGCUCAAUUAAGGCCUCCAAGAAAUACGAUAUGCGGGGCAUGUUAUGAGGGAGCUAGAAGCCUCAUCUCCUUCAUAAACAAGCUCGAAGCUGCUCAAGGAAUUGAUAAAGCAAAUUUGUGUAAGAAUUUGAUGAAUGUGUCAACAUGGGUGCUUGAUAUGAAAGAUUCAUCAGAAGAACUGGAUGAGAAAAUUAAAUUCGUAAGCGGGUUUGUUGUUGCAUUUAGAGAUCAAAUUCACACCGACAUACAACUUCGUUCUGGUGAAAACAGACCUCCAAUACCUGCACAUAGAGCGUUAUUGGCAAUUAGAUCGGAAAUCUUUAGCAACAUGCUCGACUCAGACGGAUGCAAAGCCCCUCCUAGUGAUGACACCAUAACAUUGCCCGAGUUGAAUCAUGAAGAGCUCGAGUGUUUCUUGGAACUCCUCUAUAGUGGUGACUUGGCUGAAGAAAGGAUGAGCAAGCAUGUCUAUUCAUUAUCCCUUGCAGCUGAUAAGUACGGAGUAUCAUUCUUACAAAAGCUCUGUGAACGCCAUAUGCUCAAGUCUUUGAGUUCGUCCAAUGCUCUCGAUGUUUUAGAGGUCGCAGACACUUGUUCUUUUCUACUGUUGAAGGAGAAUGCCUUGAACUACAUUGUCAAAAACAUGAAAGAGAUCGUGUUUUCUGCUAAGUAUGAUACAUUUGCACUUAAGAAUCCGCAUUUAAGCGUGCAAAUUACAAGGGCAUCAUUGAUGGAUGCUAGAAGAAAUUGCGUGGGUUAGUGUUUUCACUGUUUUGUUCGUGUAUACCCGCAUGAUAACAUUAUUUAGUUAAGUUGAUCUAAAAGGUUAGAGGAUGAAUCACAUUCAGCAAAACCUUCUA